AUGACGUCAAUUCUUUCUGCAGUCUCAAAGCUGAGAGGAUGCGUUAACCAAAUUGAGAAUAAAAAUCCUAGCGGUGCUUCUGAAGAAGACAUUUUAAACCAAGCGAAGAUGUUAUUAACUCAAUAUGAAAAAUACAAGAGAGGAUUCAAAUUUGAUCAUGUAUGGCCUAUUCUUAAAGGUAUUGAGAAAUUUGCUAAUGAUAACAUGAAGACACCCCCUGCAUUCCAAGGAGAAGGUCGUGAUGUUACGUCAUCUUCAUCAUUUUCAAUCAAUACCGAGUCAUCACCUUCCCCUGGUAUGAAUUCAAUUGAUCUAAAUAUGGAUAGUGAAGAUGCCAAUUUUAGUUUAUCUUCAAGGCCUAUGGGUUUGAAAAAAGCAAAGCGAAAACAACAAUCUGAAGAACAGUUUAAACAACUUUUGGAGCAAAAUGAUAAACUUAUCAAAGCUAUUACUAAAGGUACUUCUGAAAGAAAUGAAAUUCAAAGGCAGAAGAUCGAGGUAGCUAGAAUGAAAGAAGAGAAUAAAAUAUUAUUUGCAGAUUUGAAUUCUAUAAGUGAUCCAUCCUCUCGUGCAUAUGUUGAAAAUGAGAGAAAAAGAAUUUUGGAAAAAAGAGCACAAACAAACCAACAUGAAGAAGAUGGUGAAGGCUCCCAAUAUCAUGGAUCUCAAUAUCGAGCAUCUCAUUAUCAAGAAAGUCUAUUUCAUGGAAAACAAGUUCAAGGAGAACCGGAUCAAGGUGAAGACAAAAGAUCACCAAAUAACCAAGAAGAUUUUACCCAAUAUUAUAAUUAUCUUAGCGGAACCGGAAAUAAUUUUCCUUAA